GUGCAGCACCGUAUCAGUGGGCGGGUGAUGGCUCUGAAGAUGAACACCAUGGCCAUACAUCAGGGUAACCUUGAGCAGCUGCUGGACAGUGACCAGUACCUGUCGUGGUCAGUCAGGAUGGGCCUGUCUCUAGACAUCGCUAGGGGCCUGCAGUACCUCCACAGCAGAGGCAUCUUCCAUAGAGACCUCACAUCCAAGAACUGCCUGGUGCGUUGGGCCAGUGGCCAGUGUACGGCCGUGGUGGGGGACUUUGGCCUGGCAGAGAAAAUACCAGAGUACAGUGAAGAGUCCGACCAGGAGCCUCUGGCUGUGGUGGGCUCCCCCUACUGGAUGGCACCGGAAGUACUGCGAGGAGAGGUCUAUAACGAGAAAGUGGACGUCUUUGCGUAUGGGAUCAUCCUGUGUGAGGUCAUCGCUAGGAUACAGGCCGACCCUGACGUCCUCCCCGCACAGAGGUUUGAACACAACGCACACACACCCCAACACACUAGCACACAAUCAGGGUUCACAAUAUGGUAUGAUGUGCCGUAG